AUGUCCGCCCCAAUGGAGCCCCUGAGCAGCCACGAGAGGRUACGCAACAUGACCUACAGCGAGUGCUUCCAGUCUCGGAGCACCGUCCUCCAGGGGCAGCCGUUUGGGGGGAUCCCCACUGUGCUGUUCCUCAACGUCAUCUUGUGGAUGCUCGUCCUYGUGGUUUAUUCCUUCCUCCGGAAGGCUGCGUGGGACUACGGGCGCCUGGCUCUGCUGAUCCACAAUGACAGCCUGACCUCGCUGAUCUAUGGGGAGCAGAGUGAGAAGUCAUCGCCCUCAGAGAUUUCCUUGGAGAUGGAGCGCAGGGACAAGGGCUUCUGCUCCUGGCUCUUCAACAGCUUGACCAUGAAGAACCAGGAUCUGAUUAACAAGUGUGGGGACGACGCGCGCAUCUACAUGAUGUUCCAGUACCACCUCAUCAUCUUUGUGCUCAUCCUCUGCCUCCCCUCCUUGGGUGUCAUUCUGCCCAUCAACUACACUGGCACUGUCCUGGACUGGAAUAGCCAUUUCGCACGGACCACCAUUGUCAAUGUCUCCACAGAGAGCAGGCUCCUGUGGCUGCACAGCCUCUUCGCCUUCGUCUACUUUCUCACCAACUUCCUCUUCAUGGCUCACCACUGCUUGGGCUUUGUGCCCAAGAAGAACCAACAGGUCACUAGGACACUAAUGAUCACCUAUGUGCCCACGGACAUCCAAGACCCAGAGAUGGUUAGCAAGCAUUUCCAUGAGGCCUAUCCAGGCUGCGUGGUGACCAGGGUCCACUUCUGCUAUGACGUCAGGACGCUGAUCGACUUGGAUGAUCAGAGGCGCCAUGCCAUGCGGGGCCGGCUCUACUACACGGCCAAGGCCAAGAAGACUGGGGGCAAGAUCAUGAUCAGGAUUCAUCCCUGCUCCCGCCUGUGCUUCUGCAGGUGCUGCACCUGCUUCAAGGAGGUAGAUGCAGAGCAGUAUUACAGUGAGCUGGAGGAGCAGCUGACGGACGAGUUCAACGCUGAGCUCAACCGCGUCCGGCUGAAGCGUCUCGACCUGAUCUUCGUCACCUUCCAGGACUCCAGGAUGGCAAAGAACGUCCUGGAGGAUUACAAGUACAUCUAUUGUGGUGUGUACCCCCAGCAGUCCUCAGUGACCACCGUCGUCAAAUCCUACCGCUGGAGGGUCAUUCAUGCYCCACACCCCAAAGACAUUAUUUGGAAACACCUGUCCAUCCGCCGCUUCAAUUGGUGGGCCCGCUUCAUCGCAAUCAACACCUUCCUCUUCUUCCUCUUCUUCUUCCUCACCACGCCUGCCAUCAUCAUCAACACCAUCGACAUGUACAACGUCACCCGCCCCAUCGAGAAGCUGCAGAGCCCAAUUGUGACCCAGUUCUUCCCCUCCGUGCUGCUCUGGGCCUUCACAGUGAUGAUGCCCCUGAUGGUCUACUUCUCUGCCUUCCUUGAGGCCCACUGGACCAGAUCAAGUCAGAAUCUGAUCAUAGUGCACAAGUGCUAUGUCUUUCUGGUGUUCAUGGUGGUCAUCCUGCCCUCUAUGGGACUGACCAGUUUGGAUGUCUUCUUCCGUUGGCUCUUCGACAUCUACUAUCUAGAGCACGCCACCAUCAGGUUCCAGUGUGUGUUCCUGCCAGACAAUGGCGCCUUCUUCGUCAACUACGUGAUCACGGCGGCCCUGCUCGGCACAGGCAUGGAGCUGCUGCGUCUGGGGUCCCUCUUCAUGUACAGCACUCGCCUCUUCUUUUCCAGAUCGGAGCCCGAGAGAGCCCACAUCAGGAAGAACCAAGCCAUGGACUUCCAGUUUGGGCGGGAGUACGCAUGGAUGCUGAACGUCUUCAGCGUGGUGAUGGCGUAUAGCAUCACUUGCCCGAUCAUCGUCCCUUUUGGGCUUCUCUACCUGUGCAUGAAACACCUGACGGACCGUUACAACAUGUACUACUCCUUCGCACCCACCAAACUCAACGAGCAGAUCCACAUGGCCGCCGUCUACCAGGCCAUCUUUGCUCCGCUCUUGGGUCUAUUCUGGAUGCUCUUCUUCUCCAUCCUGCGAGUAGGUUCCCUCCACAACAUCACCUUCUUUUCCCUGACCACCCUUAUCGUUUCCAUGCUAAUUGCCUUUUUUGGCGUUUUUCUGGGGAAGCUCCGGACAGUCCAUGACUAUGAGUCCGAGGAGGAGAUCGAGACAGUGUUUGACAUGGAGCCAAGCAGCACGUCCUCCACGCCCACAUCCCUUCUCUAUGUGGCCGCUGUACUGCAAGAGCCGGAACUGAACCUGACCCCAGCCUCCUCCCCAGCCCAGCACACCUACGGCACCAUGAACAGCCAGCAGGAAGAGGGAGAAGAGGAGAGCGGUUUGAGGGGCUUUGCAAGGGAGCUGGACUCUGCCCAGUUUCAGGAAGGGCUGGAACUGGAGGGCCAGAGCCAGUACCACUGA